CGCGGUGGUGGGCGCCGCCGCCGAGGAUGGGGAGGUGCGGCCGCUGCUCCCGGCCGCGGCUGCUGCUGCUGCUCCUGCUGCUGGCGGCCCCGGGCGCCCGCGCGGCCCCGCGCUCCGCGCUCUACUCGGCCUCCGACCCGCUGACGCUGCUGCAGGCGGACUCGAUUCACCGCGCGGUGCUGGGCUCCCGGAGCGCCUGGGCCGUGGAGUUCUUCGCCUCCUGGUGCGGCCACUGCAUCGCCUUCGCCCCGACGUGGAAGGCUCUGGCCAACGACGUCAAAGACUGGAGGCCAGCACUGAAUGUCGCUGCCUUGGACUGUGCUGAUGAGACCAACAACAAAGUCUGCAGAGACUUCAACAUCGCUGGCUUCCCGACCGUGAGGUUCUUUAAGGCCUUUUCCAAGAAUGGCUCAGGAGCAACAUUGCCAGUGCCUGGUGCAGAUGUUCAGUCCCUGCGGGAGAGACUCAUUGAUGCCCUGGAGUCCCACACUGACACGUGGCCCCCCGCCUGUCCCCCACUGGAGCCUGCCAGGUUGGAAGAGAUUAAUGGAUUUUUUGCAAGAAACAAUGAAGAGCAUCUGGCCCUGAUCUUUGAGAAGGAAGGCUCCUACGUGGGCAGAGAGGUGAUCCUGGAUCUGUCCCAGUACCAAGGUAUCCCUGUGCGCAGGGUCCUGAACACAGAGGCCGAUGCGGUCAGCAAGUUUGGUGUCACAGACUUUCCAUCCUGCUACCUGCUGUUACGGAAUGGCACUGCUUCACGGGUCCCCGUGCUGGUGGAAUCCAGGCCCUUCUACACGGCAUACCUGCAGAGGCUUUCCACCGGCACCAGGAUGACUCCCCCGACCACGGUUGUGCCAGUCACCCCUAAAGAAGUUGCUCCCACUGUUUGGAAAGUUGCAGAUCGCUCCAAGAUCUACAUGGCUGACCUGGAAUCUGCACUACACUACAUCCUUCGGGUCGAAGUGGGCAAGUUCUCUGUCCUGGAGGGUCCGCGCCUAGUGGCCCUGAAAAAGUUUAUGGCAGUGCUGGCCCAGUACUUCCCUGGCCAGCCCUUGGUCAAGAACUUCCUGCACUCCACACAUAACUGGCUUAAGAGGCAGCAGAGAAAGAAAAUUCCCUACGAGUUCUUUAAAACUGCCCUGGACAACAGGAAGGAGAGUGCUGUGCUUGCCAAGAAGGUGAACUGGGUUGGCUGCCAGGGGAGUGAGCCACACUUCCGGGGCUUUCCCUGCUCCCUGUGGGUCCUCUUCCACUUCCUGACUGUGCAGGCCGCUCGGCAAGAUGUGGACCACUCACAGGAAACAGCCAAGGCCCAGGAGGUCCUCCAGGCCAUCCGGGGCUACGUUCGCUUCUUCUUCGGCUGCCAAGACUGCGCCAGCCACUUCGAGCAGAUGGCUGCUGCCUCCAUGCACAAAGUGGACAGUCCAAACAAUGCUGUUCUCUGGCUCUGGUCCAGCCACAACAGGGUCAAUAAUCGCCUUGCGGGGACUCCCAGCGAGGACCCCCACUUCCCGAAGGUGCAGUGGCCACCCCGUGAACUCUGUUCCGCUUGUCACAAUGAACUCCGGGGCCAGCCUGUGUGGGAUCUGGACAACACCCUUAGCUUCUUCAAGACCCACUUCUCCUGGAGCAACAUCGUCCUGGACACUCCGACAGCUGGGCUGGACCCCCACCACAGUGCACCGAGGGCAGCAGCUGACCCAAAGCCAAUGGCAUUAGUACUGGUGGCUGGAAAUUCUACUCUGGGCCCUGAGAAGGCUGAGAUGACCGUAGAGCCAGGACCCAGAAUCCCAGAUUUUCUAGCAGAGAGCCUUGGGGUGAGCCACCCCCCAGAGAUGCACACUGGCUUCCCUUUGACCAGCGCUGAGCCAGACCAAGGACCCCCUGAGCACAUAGCAGAGCUUCAGAUGGAUGAGCCGGAACCCCCAAAAGGGCAGCGACGCUUGAUGAAACGAGACACAAGAGCCAUAAUGCUGGCUGAGUUCCAGGCUGACAGGCUCCCCAGGGGUCCUUUAGAGCUGAGGCGAGUGGGCCACAGCUCCAGGCAGCUGGUCAACAUCCCUGACUGGGCGCCAGAGGCUGGGUCCAUGCGGCGCCGAGGCCACUGGCUGCAGGUGCUGGGAGGGAACUUCUCCCACCUGGACAUCAGCCUCUACAUUGCUCUCUAUUCCUUGUCCUUCCUGGGCCUGCUGGCCAUGUAUACCUACUUCCGGGCCAAGAUGAGGGCCCUGAAGGGUCGUGCUGGCCACCCCACAGCCUGAACCAUCCCACUGGGAGGGGACUGGGAAAGGGAGCUGCCAUCCAUGGUGCUCUUCCAGCUUCUUGGCCCACUUCCCCUUGCUCCUUGUCCAGGGAAAUCCAAGAAAAUUGUUGGUCCAGUGAACCCCUUUGGGCCUUCUGGAGUAUUCCAGGGACAUGCAUAGAAUAUAGGUUUUCUGAGAGCCCUGGGGGAGGACAGCCCUGGCAAUUGGGUCGGGAAGCUCAGUCCCUGGCCUCUCAGCACCAAAUUCCUCUUUUUCAGCUCAUUUGAAGUCCUGCCUCAUUCUUGCUGACACUUCAGUGCCUCCUACUUGGUAUUGGCUUAAACUGGAGCAAGUGAAGCCACAGUUUCCAAGGUUUCCCAUCCCGAGGAGGGGCUAGAGGGCUGGAGUGCAGCUCCUUGUACAAGCUAGGGUUCUGCCCUUUGCUCCUUCUGGAUGCAAAGGCCUCUCACCAGGGAAGGAGGGACAGCCCCUGACUGUCCAACCCACCCUGUGGCCUACCCACCCUCCAGCCUCUCAGACCCGCUGGGCAGUUUGGCUUCAGAAGGGAGCCCAGAAGCUUCUGGAGGUCAUGCUGGCCCCCUCGGUGAGGUGUGGGUCAGAGUUUGUGAGAAGAGUGCCUAUGACUGGCCCCUUCCCCAAGCCCCUCCUUCCGGAAGAGUGUAGGCAGAGUUGCUGCACAGCUGGCAGGUGACUGUCCCUGAGCUGGGGUCUGAAGGGUCGGAUUGGCAGGACCUGAUGAGAGGGUCAUGUUGGGUCGAGGGAGGGAGCUUAAGAGGGUGGGAGAUUGGGAGGUUGGGAGGUUGGUUCUUUAGCUCUGUGCUUGGCAGUGAGAGAUAGUGAAGUUCAGGAGAAAGAUGGCUGCUUCAAAUGUGCUUUGAUUUCUCCCUUUAAGUCGCUGUCCUAACCCCUCUCAAGCUGGGUCUUUUAUCUUUUGAUUUUAGUGUUCACAGAGAUGCUGACUUUGAAUGUAGAGGGUGCUGGGUUGAGGGGAGUAUCAUCUCUCUAGAGGUCCCACCCUCGACAUGUAGAGGUUACCAGGGUCAGUGGGACAAUGGUGCCCUACAUGUGUUUGAUUUCAACUCCACCCCACUGAUUGGGAGGUUGUAGAAUAAAUUAUUUUUGUUAAGGCAAGACCAGUGUGUUCUUUAACUUGCUACUUGGAGACCUCGUACAUGGAAGACUCGCAGAAUCAAGCUGCCCGUGGAAUCCAGCCCCAUCUCACAGAGCUCCUGGCUUCCUUUGUCACAGCCCCUCUCUCUUAAUGGGGGCCUGAGCUUUGUCUCCCCAAGCCCUUCAGCCUCUAUGUGCACCAGAGACAGACCUCCCUGGGGGACCUGGCACAUUGUUCCCUGUUCUGUUCAAGGAAACUUCCUCUGCACCUGCCAGCCUCCUCAGCCAAGUGCCCAGCUCUCCCUCCAGGUAGGUCAAGUCUUCUUUGUGGAACUGGCCUGGGCAGGCAGAUCAGGAGGGAGGAGUCAGCUAGAUUAGAGAGCCUGCCCCUAAUCCUGCCUGCCUGCUGGGUUUUACUGGGAUCAGAGGGCCUGAUAAUGAACCUCAUUAAGGGGAAGCAGGGGCCUCAAUCCGAUUUGGAGUUUUUCCUUUUGACAUCUUCACUCUGCUCAGAUGGCACUGGGUGGAGCAGGGUGGGUGCCAAGCAUGCUGCCUUUGCUAGGACAGCUGGGGAGGGCCAGGGAGCCCGUGCGCAGGGUCAGCCUUUCCCCUUUCCUUGCUUACAGUGACCCAGAGUAACCUCUGUAGCUACCUGGAUCUCUGGAGUCCAGCCUGGAGCCUCCCUGCAGGUCUGUGGUCUGAGGGUCCCUACCCUCAUCAUGCACCUCCCCCUACCCACCUGAGUUGGAUUUGCUUGUCUUCACUCACUCCUCUGGGCCCAUGGCUAAUAGGCCCGCACAUGAUUGGCAGUGUAACCCUGACCCCCAAGAGAAUGCUAGAGGCUCCUGUGCGCACUUGGCCAAGUCUACUUGAGUCCACCUACUUCCCCUACUACCUGACAAAUGGCAAGUGCAGAGGAGGUCCAUCAGCAUUAGGUUCAGAAUUAGGGCCAGGCUAGAGAGGCCCCAGCAGCCAUGUCUACCCACAGCGCAUAAACCAGGAAGCAGAACCUUCCCUGGGGUCUGCUGGCGCCCUGCCAGUGGGUAUGCCUCCUCAUCGCAACCUCUCUCUGGCCUGUCCCGGCCCCUCUGAUUGAUAAACAAGGGCUGGGCCUCCUCCUCAGCAGGACUGCCGCCUUUCACCUUGAUUUCCCCAGGGGUCUCCAGCAGCAGCAUAAACUGGCUUUGCCCACCAGCAGCUGGCUACUCCCCCACCCAGUCUGCCAGGCUGGGAGCUGGGCUGCUGAGUCAGGUUGCUUCUCUGCACCUGGGAGAGCUCCCAAGUUGGCCAGUCCUGGGGGGUGGGGGACUGCCAAGCCGAGGCUCCUUAUUCUGGGGCCAAACUCACUUCUGCCUUUACCUGCUGAGCCUUCACAGUGUUUCCUAGAGGAGACAGUUGAGCACGGUUUUGCAGGACGAGCUGGUGGGUGUCAGCAAGGAAAAUAAGGAGGGAAAAUGCAUCACAGGCAGAGGAGAAAUCACAGGUCAAAGUCAACAAAGAAAAAUAGUAAAUAUAAGAAAUUCUAAACAAAAGACUGUUAAAAAUUCAAGCAUUUUUUCCCAACACAUUUGGGUAGAAGCUGGAAACAAACAGUGGAGAGCUGUGAUGGGUGGCAGCAGCUCUCUGCCGUUACGGCUUACAUGCUAGUGGGAAAACAGACAAGUGAGAAAGUCAUGACCUAUUGGGGUAGGUACGCUGAAGGGGUCAUCAGGAGGUUUCUCUGAGACCCAAGGACGUGAGGUGGGAGUGAUAGGGGACCAGGGGCCUGAGGGGCUGCUUCAUUCAGCAGCCUCUUUCUAGCAAUCUGGGGAGGUCCCAGAGGAGUGGCGCCCAAGGCCUCGUUCCUCCCCACUUGCCGUGGGGUGGGGCUGUGGGCACCCAGGUGCAGCCCAUCUUCUUGUAGGGAUGAGGCAUGGGGUCAGGGCACCCCCACAGCUUUGACCUUGUUAACUCCCUUCCUCCAACACCCCUGUAGUGUGAUUUGCCUCUCACUUGCCUGGAAGGCUUUGCCUCCUGCAACAUGUGCCCAUGUGCCUACACAGCUUCAUACUGACACCUACUUAAGUGUGUGUUUUUAAAAAUUUUUGUAAUAAACAUUUCUGAAGCAAUCUGCAGCACUGCAGCACUAGUUCGAUUCCCAGCCGGCCAGGGAGAAAUCAACAUGACGGGACAGACCUCUCCUGUCUUGCCCGCUGCUCCCUUCAGCAGUGUACUUUGGUCCGUCUGCCUGUUCUGUUCCCUGCUCUGUCUCUGGUGAAUUCUCUCACCCCCCACAUCUCUGGCCUAUACCCCAGUUCUUGUAUAAAAAUAAAUAAAUCUUUAAAAAAAAAUAACAAAGAAAACAAAUAGGAUGGAAGGAUUUCAAAGUCCUAUUAUAAAUAAGAACGACACUAGAGCCCUAUUAAAAAUAAUGAGCCAAAGUAGGGGCCUCCCUGGUGGUUCAAGGGGUUAAACACAGCACUGUGAAGCUAUCUGCAGCCUCUGCAGCACGAGUUUGAUCCCUGGCCAGCCAGGGAACUACCCACAUGGCGCAGCAGACCUCUCCUGUCUCACCCGCUGCUCCCCUCAACAGUGUAUUUCAGUCACUCUGCCUGUUCUGUUCCCCACUCUGUCUCUGGUGAAUCCUCUCACUCCCCGCACCUCUGGCCUGUACCCCAGUUCUUGUAUGCAUAAAUAAAUAAAUCCUAAAAUAAAAAAUAAUGAGCCAA